CUGUGUGUGUGACAGGGUUGGUGGGAGCUGUGUGUGUGUGUGUGUCCUGGGUGUGAGCGUGUGUCCGGCCGCCCCCUUGUCCGGCCGAGGAGGCGUUCCUCCCUUGCCCUCCUCCCCCGCCCCACCCCGACCGUGCGGGCUCGCCUCGGCUCCCCACACCCCAAACGGGAUGCGACCCUCGCGUCGCGAGCGACGACUCCGCGGCGCUGCGUCCCGAGCGCACUCAUGGCGAGACGGACUAAUAAACACCAACGUUGGUGCGGGGCUCUCCGGCUCCUGGCGGUGUUCGUCUGCGGCGCAGCAGGAGCUCACCCGGGGCUGCGCUUCACGCUGGAGCCCCCUCGCAGCGUAGUGCUGCCGCCUCGCGGCGCGCUGACGCUGAACUGCGCGGCGCGGGACGGCAACGGCGCCGCGACGUCCCCGGAGCUGAGCUGGAGGAAGGACGGCCGAGCGCUGGGCGACGGCGCCCAGGGUGGGGGCGACGAGGGAGUGGCGUGGGCGGCGCCCAACGGCACGCUGCACGUGGCGCGUGCCGGGCGCGAGCACGAGGGCGACUACGCCUGCGUGGCGCGCGGGGCCCGCGGCGCCGUCGUCGUUGGGGCGGCAACGCGCGUGCGCGUCGCAGGCCUGUCGGAGGUGGAGGUGGAGGCGGUGAGCGAGGAGGUGCGGGUGGGCGAGGUGGCUCGGCUCGAGUGUCGCGUGAGCGGCCGCCCCGAGCCGCUCAUCGCGUGGGAGCGAGAUGGCACGGCGCUCCCGGCUGACAGCCCACGGCACACGCUGCUGCCCAGCGGGGUGCUCCAGAUCAGCGCCAUACGCAGCGAGGACGCUGGGAGAUACCGUUGCCAGGCAACCAACAUGGCGGCCACGCGGUACAGCCGGGAGGUGGAGGUCAGCGUGCUGCCGCCAGCUCUGCCGCUUGAGGGAUACGAGAAGCCGAACAUCACGCAGCGGCCGCGCAACGUGACGGUGGAGGCGGGCGGCACGGCGGUGCUGGAGUGCGUCGCUCAGGGACGCCCCCGCCCCAUCGUCUCCUGGAGUCGCCUCGACCAGCAGCCCCUGGACGUGUACCACUCGCAGGUGCUGGGCUCCGGCAAUCUCCUCCUGGCCGACGUGCAGCCGCACCACGCCGGCGUGUACGUGUGCCGCGCCUCCGUGCCGGGCACCCGCAACUUCACCACGGCCACGGGGCAGCUCACCGUGCUCGCGGCGCCGUGGUUUGUCGAGCAGCCCGAGAGCGUGAGCCGGCCGCGUGCCGGCACGGCACGCUUCAUGUGCCACGCCGAGGGAGUGCCGCCCCCCGCUGUGGCCUGGCUCAAGAACGGCGAGCCGAUCCACUCCAACGGACGGGUUAAGGUGCUGGACAACAGGCUGGUGAUCACGCAGCUGAUAGCGGAGGACGAGGCCUACUACCAGUGCGUGGCGGAGAACGCGCUGGGCAGCGGCACGGCGGCGGCCUGGCUGGGCGUCGUCGUGUCGGAGGAGCGGCCCGGGGCCCCCCGCGCCGUCGCCGCCCACACCGUGUCCAGCACGGCCAUCCUGCUCACGUGGGAGCGGCCGCUGCACAACGCGCACCGCGUCAUCGCCUACUCCGUGCACUACAUGAAGGCUGAGGGGAUGAACAAUGAGGAAUACCAGAUCGUGAUCGGGAACGACACGUCGCGCUACCUGGUGGACGACCUCGACCCGGCCACCAACUACACCUUCUACCUCGUGGCCUACAUGCCCGUGGGCGCCAGCCGCAUGUCGGAGCACGUGAUGGGUACCACGCUGGAGGACGUGCCGCUGCGCGCCCCGGAGCUGAGCCUGAGCAGCCUGAGCCCCCGCGAGGUGCGCGUCUCCUGGGGGGCCAUCCCCCCGCGCUACCGCCGCGGCCGCCUCACCGCCUACCGCCUGUGGUACCGGCGCGGGCCGGACGGGGCGCCGCACGCGCUCGACGUGCCGGGCGAGCGGGCCGACUGGCUGCUGCGAGGCCUCGCGCCCGACAGCACCUACCUGCUGCGCGUGGCGGCGGCGACGCGCGCCGGCUGGGGGGAGCCGUCCGUGUGGCUGUCGCACCGCACGCCAAAGCUCACCGCCCGCGACGUCCCCGUGUCGCCGGCGCUGCACCUGGAGGCGCUCAACUGCACGGCGGUGCGCGUCACCUGGAAGGCGGCGUCGGGGCGCGGCGCGGUGCGGGGUCACCGGCUGCUGUACCGCGAGCAGGAGGGCCACCUCCAGGUGGGGCCCAUCCUGCUGCCCGCCCGCGACCAGGCCUACGUCAUCAGCGACCUCGAGCCCAGGAAGAAGUACCAGGUGCGGCUGUCCGCCUACAGCGACGAGGGCGAGGGAUACGAGGCGGACCAGACCAUCAGCACGGCCGACUGCGCGGCCGUGCGUGGGAAGUCGGCGCCGCCGCCACCGCCGCCGCACCGCCUGCACGCGCGCACCAACGGCUCGCGAGCGGUCGCGCUGCACUGGCUGGCGCCCGUCUUCAGCCACGGCGGCGGCAGCCUCAACUACACACUGCGCUGCAACCCCGUGGGCCUCAAGAACGCGUCGCUCGUGCGCUACGUCCACACCACGGAGGAGCGGCUGCUGGUGGAGGGGCUGCAGCCGGACACGCGCUACGAGUUCGCCGUGCGCCUGCACCUGGGCUCGCUGCUCAGCCCCUGGAGCCCCGUGGUGUACCACUCCACCCCGCCCGAGCGCCCCUCGGGCCGCCCGGGAGAGGUGCGCGUGGCGGCCGUGAGCCCCCGCUCGGCGCUCGUGGCCUGGCAGCCCCCGGACGAGUCCAACGGCACGGUGACACGCUACACCGUGCUCUACGGCACGCCGCAAGAGUGGGCCGCCGGCGCGUGGCGCUCGCUGCACACCCACGGCUCGGAGCGCGUGGCGCGCGUGGACGGCCUGCAGGCCGGUGAGGUGUACGUGUUCCGCGUGGAGGCCGUCACGGCCAGCGGCCCGGGCCCCGGCUCCCCGCCCGUCCGCGUCCACAUCCCGCGCGCUCAGCCCGGCGGGGCCGCCCGGAAACCCGGCGGCGCCAGGACCUCGCACGCGCACGGGGGAGGCUCGGCGCCGGCGGAGGGGGCGGAGGAGUCGGCGGGGGGCGCCGUGCCGGGCGACGGCUCCGCCACGGCCAUCACCAUCGGCGUGUGCAUCGCGCUCGCCUGCAUCGUGCUCUGCCUCAUCGUGCUGCUCGCCCGCACCAAGGCCAGGGGCUCGUACCACAAGGCUGAGCGCGCUCUCUUCCCGGGGCAGCAGCAGCAGCAGCAGGGCGCAGGAUCAGGGGGCAGCCCUGGCACGGCCGCUCACCUCGCCUCGUCCUCCGCUGCCCACGGCGGGCGCCUCCACCCCAAGGGCGACGCACGUCUGGUUGUGGACGGCCUGGGCUCCAGGGCGGCCUGGCGAGGAGCAGGCCGAGGUCUGUUCGGGCUGGGCCGCAGCAGCGCCAAGACAAACGACUUUCCGAUGUGCCAGCGGCCGCUGUUCUGCACGGAGGCCGAGGCACGCGAAGGCGUCUCGUCGCUGGACCCGGAGCGGUCGCGCGAUUCGGCCCUCGCGUGCGCCGAGAGCAGCAGCACGAGCGGCUGCAGCUCGAGCCACGAGCCGUCGCCCAUGGACGGCGCGCGCGCCCCGGCUCCCGGCUACUCGGGCCGCUUCUCGCAGGCCUCGCUGGAGGACGUGGUGUUGCACCUGUGCUCCGAGGCGUCGCACGACUCUGCCGGCGUGUCGGACGACGAGGACGACGCGGGCCGCUCGCUGGGCGGCGCCUCGCUCCGGAGCCUGGCGGCGACGGGCGGCGCCGGCCGUCUGCCCCAGCGAUCGCCCCGGCUUCUGUCUCGGGGCCGCCCGGCCGUGUCCGCGUCGCUGCCCGAAAUCAGCAGCGGCGGGGCCUCGACUACCCCAAAGUGGAUGGGCUCCUGCUCCGUGGGGCCCGCCGCUCACAUCUGACGUGGCGUCCGGAGCGGUCGUUCCUAGCCUGCUCCCGCCCGUCGCCGCCGCUGCUGCUGCACGUGCGCGUCGAGCACGGAUUCUGCGCUCUACGACCAGCGCCGAGUCUGUUCCUAAAAAGUAAAAAAAAAAAGGAAACGUAAAAAUAAAAAAUAACAUUCAGGUUGACGUCCACUCGCAGAAAAGUUGGGAACGACCACUCGACAACACCUACAGAUGUUACACGCUCUCUCAGGGGGACCCGUGCAUUGUGCAAAGCCACCGCAGGAUUAGCGAGUUAAUGAAACCGUCAGUGAUUGUACCUGAAGUUUAUUUAAGCCACAACACCAAAGGAGGCCUUUCAGAAGUAUCGUAUUAUUUUUGUUAAACCAAAGUUAGCUUAGUAAGUCGCGCGCCCUUCCCUGGGUGGCUCUGCACUGUCCACGGCUCCUGAUCCGCACCGCCCUCAAGCAGAGCUCAGGUGACUCAAGUCAGGAACAAAAUGUCGCGGUGCGCCUUGCCGCGACAAGGCGCAAUACUACCUACUGUACAACGACCCAGUGACGGCUCUCGGCUCCACCUAGAGCAGGCGACGCCUCCGCUCCGCCGCGGUUCCCUCUCGCGGCACGCGCGGGGGAGGCCACGGCAGCGUUCGCACCGACGCUGCGAUCGCGGAAUUUUGAGUUAAAGUUUAACAACAAAGAAAAACCCGAAAUGUUUCGCCGGUCGGGCCCCCUGCCCACGGCCCCCCACCCAACCCGACCGUCGUUUGCUAAGCGAGGAUGUCGACGUUGGGUCGCCGUGCAGCGGCCGCCGCGUCGAUGGAACCCCUCCGGCCUCCUGCACGUGCCGUGGUGGGAGCGAGACAAUUGAGACGGAGGAUGGAGCCUCCUCGGGGUGGGAGCCACGCGACCCCACUGCUAUUGAAAUCUACCUCACGAUGCCAUGGCUGCGGUGCUGCUCCUACUGUUUAGGGUCGGAAAUUCUAGAAGCCAUUGCGUCCCGUAUGCAAUAGAGUGUUUUAUGUAGACUUUGUUCACAAACGCAGCCGUUUAAAAAAAAAAAAGUGUUUUCAUGCAGUAAGGCUGGCGGUUAAUGUUGUUUGGUAACGUAAUAAUAAUUUGUGUGCUUAUGGAGGGAGAAGACGCGACGCUCGCGUUGACGGUGACAGAUGCCAAAACCCAACACGCGAUUGUUGCCGAGAGCUUUUCCAAAACUUCCAAAAUGUAACAAAAAGAACAUCGAGAAUCUGCCAAAAAAAUUACCCCAAACCAAAUAAUUAAUAAUUGUAUGAGUUUUCGGCUACACCGCGUGCGUGUUAUCUCUAUGUGUGUGUUUUUAUCGCGUUGCUCAGCGGCCCUCUUGGGGUGAGGAGAGGUGAGGCUGCAGGGGAAGUGGAACCCCGGAGGUCGCCACCACCACUCGCCGGCCGACUCGCCAAACGCUCCGUCCGUUCAGAGCGUUGAUAUCUCACCAUGGCUUGGGUUACUGGAGAUUAUUUUAGUUUUGCCCCUUUUGUUGUCGUUGUUGUUGUUGUCUAGAAUGACGUGAGAAGAAUACGAGAUGUCGGAAUAGCGGUUACCAAACAUCCCCCCCCCCCCGCCGCCCAGUUUUCUCAGCCCCCCCCCCCCCCCACGAGUAGAAAGUUGAAUGUCUCCCACGACGCACGUGUGAGCUGGCGCGCACACGUGCGUCGACGUCGUUUUAAAGAUCUGUCAAGUGGGAGCUGUUGCAAGCUGGACUGCACAGGGGGGCCCCAUUGAAGGGUUGGGUUUUGGGAACUCUCGUCCCAGAAUCGAAUUAACCAAAGGCCCCCCCCCCCCCUUGACGCCCAACAAACCCAGGUGAGUCAUUAGACUCCGAGCUACUACCUCUUGUUUUUGCUUAGAAAGAUCCCCUUUUUGUUAGUUUAGAGUUACUAAAGUAUGAGUUGUAGAUGUUUUACAAAGAAUCCAUGCUGUUGCUACUGUUGCUGUAUGGUGUUUCGACAGGGUAAUGUCCUUUUAACUACUACUGUGUUCUUCCGUCUGUGCGUUUAGAGUCACUGUGGCGAGUCUGCGUGUGGUAGUGUAGUCCAGAUGUAGUGUUAACUCCAGAUUCCCUCAGCCAUUUCUAACUUAACAACGUUCUACCUGACAAGAAACCAAAGAUUUUAUUUAAAUACCAAAAAGUAAGCUUUAAGAAGAUUCGCUCGGACAUUUGAAGUGUUGUAUUGUAAAGUUUUCACACAAAAAUAUACCAGGCGUUUUCUUUUUAUUCUGUUUAGGCCUGUCGUAUUUAAGGAAGAACUAUUGGCUUAAUUUAGCCCCUCAAAAAUGUAUUACACAGCUUUAUUUUCGACAAAAAAAACAAUCGCGUUGAUGUCCUUUGUAAUGACGACGGUGUUUUUUGUUAACAGGACCAAGGUUAUGAUGUUGCUACCUACAAACAAUGAAACACUUAACAUAUUUGCCAAAGAUAGUUUGCGUUGUUUUGGCAAGGUCAUGAACAAAUACCUCAAGUUCCAAAUGCUCAAAACAGCAUUGCGAAUCGAAUUGUUAAACGUGUGACGUCUGUGAGCUUUAUUUCGCGUUUCGCGUUGUUGUUUUUUUACGCUUAUAUAUUUCUUAAAGUGUGUGGACACUGUUGUUACCGAGACCCAGGACCGAGGACCUGUACAUAAUAUAAGCGUUGUCUAUUGCCAGUUGCUACGUCUAUUGCGUGCGGCGAUGAUUCUCCCCCCCACUGCCAGACCUUUCGUAAUGAAGGCCUCUGCCAUGACGGCAAACUGUUGAAGAAUUGUGCUUUCGAUGUUAUGGGCCACAUAUCACACCAAUGUUGGUUGGACAUGAGUGGCCAUGGCGUUCCCUCCCAAUGGCUCUUCCCCCAAGCUCUUGCUGCCCUGCUCAAUUCGAGAAAUGUUUGCCCUUAUCUUUUAUAACUUUGAUUGCGCUAUUUGAUGCUGAACAUUUGAUGUUUUGGACCUUUGGGCCUGUGCUCAGCAGUUGUGGCAUAGUCAACAUUUGAAAUGUAAUAGUGGUGAUUUGGCUAUAUACACAUUAAUUAUCUGGCAUUAGCGAUGCCUACUGUGUUCUGCACACAAUGCUGUCACGUGAAAUUCCUUCAUCAGUGAAAAUUCCUUUGCCCUGCAUUGUCUAAUCGCAAGGUGGGUAACCAUUACGAUCUGAAGUCUCAACUCAAGUAAUGGCUCGCCCAUUUGAAGCCCAGACCCAUUGCGUUUAAGCAAAGCCGCUGUAAAGCUGCUGUCAUGGAUGCUUUUGUGCACCGCUUCAAAACAAUUAUCAUCAUUCUGAGAGGUCUCGUAUGCAGGGGGUGUUUCGAGGAGGAAGAGGGCUCUAGUGGAGAGCGGCGGUGAUCGUUGACCUCCGCCUCACGGUUCUGUUCCUCGUUGGCUCCUAGCUCCAGUUGAUUGAAAAUGCCACAGUCUGCCAGGGGUGUUUCGGUGUCGAGUAAGGCGUGCAGGUGGUUUCAGUCGCUCACUGGAAUGCGAAAGCAAGGCGUGAUCACGUUGUCUUUGGCUGGUUGCGUGGGCUUGCACGGUGCGCUCGCCCCGCGCAUGGAGCCACUGCCGCGUUGCAUUCCGAUCACCCCACCAAGUCUCCGCCCGCGCACGUUGCUCGACACCUGGGCACCUUCUCGAACUGGAGCCAUGAGCGGGGGGCCACCGUUGCCUUCGCUGGCAGCGCGAUCCCGGCCACCGCAGACCGCGCUGCCACCGUGCCGAAAAAGUGUUUAUCCCCCGCGUGCUCGUCGCCGUUGAUCCGAAAUGUAGGCGCGUUGAAGGCUCCUACAAAAAACACACAAAGGGUGGUUAAAACGUUUUCACAGUGAGAAGUUUUUAGUUGGUAAAAAUGUUGAACCGAUGAGAUGUUAGAUUUUAUUUUGAUGCGCCCCCCCCCCCCCUCCACGUCACCAUGUACCAUACGUAAUAGAACAAGUGCGUUGAUCUUCGGGGUGACCGUAUCGCGAAAUAGUUGUGCGUGGAUGUGUUUACUCGUAAUGUUCCAUUCCGGAAACAUUUUGACCGCCCCUCGUUAAUAUUGUCAUCGAAGUGCAAUCGCAAUGCACCAACGGAGCGUAUGUGUCGUGUAUCCGAGUACGUAGUUUUGGAGUUUUUGGCCCAGUGGUAUCGUGAAUGCUGUAACAACACCCACGUGACUUCGUGGCUGCCCAAUUGGGCCCCAUCAACAACCGAUGUCAUUUGUGUUCAAGGCUUAUUUUUGGAGGCAGGGGGAGGCUUACAACCAAGAUGAGCUUAUCCCUCUGGUUCGAAUCGAGUAUGGACGGAAUUAUGCUGAGCGAAAAGCCAAUUAUUGCUGCACCAAAGGAGCUGCAAGGGCUGUUGGACAAAAUUUAUAUUUUCAACAUCCAGUGGUGGACUUUGGAGUAAAUGGAAUGGUAGGAUAAUAAUAAAUUAUGCCAUAUGAUAUCAUACAGAGGCCUGUGUCAAACCCUUCAAGCGUGCAUCAUUCAGUGGGCAAACUGAACAGCAUAAAUUAUGAUAUUGCUACUUUGUUUACGUUUGUAAAAAAAAUGAAUCUGGUUCACUGAAAAAUACAGCACGACAUUUCAACCAACAUGAGGCCCGCAUGGGAAAACAGAGGAGUUUCAACCUUGUAAGGGCUCCUCAGUUCGCUGUAGCAGCCACAGACUGAUUCUGCAUAUAAACAUAUGCCCAUAGUAUUACAGGCAAGGGCAUUGUUUAUGUAUGUAUGUAUGUUAAACUACUUUCGCACCGUACAUAGCCAACCGUGAUAAUCGGACGUGCGGGGAAAGGACAACAAACAAGAAGCCACAUUUUAGAUGUUAACAUUCUCCACCUGCAAAGUCUACCACUGCCAGCAUGUUGCGCAAGACAGGCUGUCGCAGAAGCUGCUGCUGCUGCAGGGUUUUGCAUGGCACAGCGUGCUCUGUCCUGGGUCUGCCUGGCCGUGUGCGGGCCCUGCCUGAGCCCAGUCGUUCGCCUGCUUGGGCGGGUUUGUUCUCAGGGUUUGAGCUCAAGCACUGGCCUUCACACGGCAUCAGGCUUCCAAAGAAUGAAUGUAUUCCUCUUUCUCUUUUUUUUAAGUUGUACUGUUGCUACAACAUUGAUGGGUCAGUAUUUUACAGGAUGUUAAAAUUGUAUUUGUAUGAUGAACAAUGUCUGGUUAGUACCUGCUCUUUUAACAGUUUGUACAACACUGAGCUAAAUGUCAAGUUUUUAAGAAAAUAAAAGUAGAUGUUCUUAUAUCGUUA